ACGAAAAAUCUCUUCUUUUUUCUUCUAUGUACAUAUCUAUACAACAAAUGAAUAUAUGUAUGCAUAAUAUAUGUAAAAAAAAUAUAUAUUUGUGUGUGUGUGUGUGCGCGCUUGGUGGAAAAAUCAAUUCUCUAUGAAGUAACAUUGAAUUUUAAGUUUAAAGGCCCCCAAAAUUACAUACACACAUGUGUAUACAACAAACCAGCACAAAGAAGGAAGUGUGCCGACAUACAAACCAUCAUAUUGUUUAUUGUCGUUUGGAUGUGUGUAAUCUUUUUGUUCGACCAGAAAAUGACAAAAAGACGGACGUUGAGUCGCUCGGUCACACUGAUGGUUGGCAAUGGUUGGUUGGCUGGUUGGUUGAUAUAUAGACGUGAAUGUGGAUACAUACAUGUGUGCAUGUAUUAUAUGUCGUAUAUGUAUGUAUACAUGUUUGAGGUUUGUGUUUUGUUUGAUCGGUUCAAGUCGCUGGAUGUCACUUAGACGACAAGUACGCGAACGGGUGCGGCGGUGGAUACAUUGUUGUUUUUAAUAAAAUUCAUAUUUUUGUUUUGUAGCUAUUAGCUCUAAAUUUUGAAGCACCACUCGAAAUGCUGUGUUCCUUUUUUCUGUACAAAAAAUAUUAGCAUGAAACGAUUACAGCAACUGUUCAUAUACAUAUAUACACAAUAAAAAGUGUCGAUUAACGCAAAAAUAACAGUGUGGUGGUUGUGGGGCAUGUUCAUGGGCCCCACUUGUUCAAAUUGAAACUCACCAUCGUCUCGUUCAUUCACAAUAGCGGUGCUAACUGCUGUUGACUUGCUGGCUCUCAACUAAAGAGUACAACUUGGCAAUUCACCACAUUCAUUUGUGUAGCCCCUCGCGAGUUGGUUCGUUUGGACGGCCGUAAAUAAAAUAGGAAAAUACAACAAAGAAAUCCAUAGUUUCGUGUGUGCUAAUGUGAUUAAACCGUCGCGAUACAGACACUUUUUGCCUUUAAAACAAAACGAAAAAAAAAACAUCACAUACAAAGAAAACAACAACAGAAAAUAAUAAAAUAAAAAAAAACAAAAGUAAACAAAAGCUAGCUGGGGAGAUAUAUACAAACAAUACGCUGCUGUUCAUAUAUAGGUGGCACAUAUGCGAGUGUGUGUGUGUGUGUGUGUGUGUUUGCGUUGAACCCCCCCAACAAAGACGGCAAAUAAUGUAAUUUCAUGAGAAACAUUUAAGAAAGGCAAAUGAAAAAAUAAACGGAAACAAAUCGGAUAUAAUAAAGAAAGAACAGAGAAUACAUAACAAAAAAUAAAGAAUAACAAGUGAAUUUUAUUCAAACUGUGUAGCUUCAUUUAAUUUAAUAGAAUAAUAAAUAUCGGAUAGUAUCUUUCUCCAAUUUUUUAAACAAAGAGAGUAUAAAAACGUCCCGAGCAGUGUUUACACACACCAACACACUUCAUUAGCACAUCGACCAAUCCGCCAACCAACCCAACAAUCGAAGAGCAAUACUACCAACGAAAAAAGAAACAAUAUUCCUAUUGGACCAUUCAAAAAGCUACGUCUAAGUUUGCCCAAUCCCGCCAUUUCGAAUGAUCCGCACAUGACACAAUAAAACAAGUUAUAGAUACUUCGAACAAAAAUUACAAAAACAUAGCUCCCCCCGACAACAACAACAAAAUCAACAAUUAGUGGAUAUUCAGUCCGAUCAACGAGCAAUCAAACAUUCAUCCAUCUGUCCAAGCAUUAGUCAUUGUUUCGAGGGAGAAGAAGAAGUGCAUUGUCCAAACCAGAGAACGACGGCUGCCUUAGAACUCUCCUCAACGAAGACAAGGAGCGAGGGGUUAUUGGUUGAUCGGUACAUCUGGCUUUCAUUGUCAUGAUCAAUUCAAAUCACACGGGUACGACCCGUCGACCUUUUUCACGAAACGGUCCAUCUGUUCGCAACCAUCGAGGACGUUCGGUAUUUUCUCCACAUCAUCACCCACAUUCUUAUCAGAGUCAACAGCAAGUGCACCAGCAGCAGCAACAACAGCAGCACAACAACAACAACCAUCAUCGCAUGAACAAUAAUGGCAUCAAUUCCGGCGGAGGAAACAACAACAACAAUCCAGGGACACCCUGGUACAAUAAGGAUAACAACGCUAAUAGUAACAACAUGGAAACGUGGAAUUCGCUUGGCAACAAUAGCAACAAUCACCAACCACAACAACAAGUUAGCAACCUGUCAUUACAACAACAAUUCCAUGCACAAAAUUAUCAACAGAAUAGUCGCCGGGGAGGUACAAAUAUUCACGGCGAUUUUUACAGUUUCCGGCGUGGUGGUGGUGCCGGCGGCGGUGGCAACAAUGGUAACGGGUCCAACGUAACCAAUGGGAAUAUGAUGAUGAUGAUGCCUCAUCGCAAUGCUGACUAUCAUCAGCAGCAUACCGAUCGCGAUCGUUAUGGCAACAGCAAUCACAGUCGAAACUAUAACGGCAGCAAUGGUGUUGGAUCAAACUCAGGUCUAUGUGAUAGAAAUAUGAACAAUAGCAAUGCCCACAAUGAUCUGGGGAUGGGUGGUAGCAAUUCUAGAAUUAUGGAAGCUGGUGACAAUUCCAAUUUCCCUGUUGCGAACAGUAAUCGCAUCAAUAACAACGCAUACAAUCGCUCUUCGCAGUACUACAACAAUAACAAUCAGUACGCCAACAAUGGACCAUCGACGUCGGCAUCUGCUUUAGGUGCUGGCAGUGUUGGCUCGCUUUCAGAUGGACCAUCCGGCUCUGGUUUGUCCGGAUCGAACAUACUUAAAUCGGACAGUCCGUCACGUAAACGAAGGCGUAUAUCGGGGAGAAUGCCAAGCCAGUCGCCUCCAGCUCUGUGGGAGCAGAGGCGUUCGCCACGCAUGUUGUUGCAGCAAGGAAGCCCACCUAUACGACGACCCCGCCUGAGGGACAACAGUUCGAUCUCACAAAACCAAAAUUAUUUUAAUAAUGGGGGCUAUCACCAGCAAAGUCAGCAGCAGCAUCACUAUCAACAGCAGCCGCAACAACAUCACCAACAGCAACAACAUCCACAGCAACCACCACCGCCGCAGCAUCAACAUCAACAUACCCAACAGCAACAGCAGCAGCAACAUUCAAAUGCACAUUUUAUGACACAACAACAACAGCAACAACAUUCCCACUGGGAUUUAAAUACUGCCGCUGUAGUCAAUACCAGUUCCGCUCCCUCACUGGCUCUCAUACACACCCCACCGCCUGCCCAUCCACACAAUCCUGCGCAAAGUCCAACAGCCUUACCACCGCCGCCGCCACUGAUGGUUGAUAUCAACCAGGUUCCCUUAAGUUUAUCUCUACGACAUGCUGAACCAGUGUGGGCCUCAAUAUGCACUACGUAUCCCGCCCAACCGCCACCACCGCCGCAGCAACCACGCUUGGCGCCAUGUCAUCUUCAUAGCAUAUAUCCACAAACGUUUCCAACUCAACCCGCCUGUAAUUCGCAUCCGCAUGCUCAAUUUACUAAUGCUGCCAGUUUUCCGGCUGGCACCCUACAAGUGGCUCAGACUCCGCAGCACCUGGCUGCAGCAACGGCCGCAGUGGCCCAGCAACAACAAUCGCAAGCAGCAUUAGUGGCUGCAGCUACAGUUGCUGCCAACUACCAGAAUUCGACACACUUGACACAACAGCAAAGGUCUGAUGCAGCAGCCGCUGCAGUUGCUAGCUUAUCGCUGGAUCCUGCAGGAACUCAUCAUCAUCAUCACCAUCAUUCGCAAGGUGUUACAGCAGUGCCACAACUACAGGCCACAUCCAUACACCUAACAUCGAUGUCAGCAGCAGCAGCGGCAGCUGCCGCCCAUCAUUCACAUUCCAUGGCGGCGGCAGCAGCUGCUGCAGCACAAGUCUCACAGCUGUCAGCUCAACCACAGCCAAUUAUAAUAUCAGCAGAAAGACGUACAUUCCCUCCACAUAGACGUAUUACACGUUUUUGGACCGCAAACCAUCCCCACGGCCCUCAUAGACAUGUCUUGCCUCCACAAACCCUGGGUCCACAACCAACGCCAGUGCAGAUACAAACAACUGGCAUCAUAAAUCCUGGAUUUUUACUAAAUUUCCUUGCCAUGUUCCCGUUGUCCCCUUACAAUCAACAUGAACUGAAUUCGUCCGAUUCAAAUGAAACAGAAAACUACGAAGCAUUAUUGAGUUUAGCUGAACGUCUGGGCGAAGCUAAGCCACGUGGUUUGGCUCGUAAUGAAAUUGAUCAGCUUCCCAGUUAUAAAUUCAAUCCAGAAACACAUAACGGUGACCAAACAUCCUGUGUUGUUUGCAUGUGCGAUUUUGAGCUACGACAAAUAUUGCGUGUUCUGCCGUGUUCACACGAAUUCCAUGCCAAAUGUGUCGACAAAUGGUUGCGGUCUAAUCGAACAUGCCCGAUAUGCCGAGGUAAUGCCUCCGACUAUUUUGAUAACCCAGAUCAGCAAACACGACAACCCUCACAGGCCCAAUUGCAAACAAACCAAACCGCAUCUGCUGCUCCAGCUGCGGUUCAAGGAAGUGCAGGGGCAAGUGGUGAUAACAGCAAUACAAAUGCGACCCCAGCACCGGCAGCAACAGUUAAUAUUAACUCCAAUAAUAGUCAAGUUCAACCAAAUGGUCAGAGUAUAACAACAACCCACUAAAAGACAAUAAACAUCCAUAACUUAUUGUCUGUCUUAACAAAAACAACGAAUUUUACCCUCACUACAAGGUUAUUUGUUUUUCUAUCAUCCCAUUACGGCACACAUUCAUUUAAACAAGCAAAACGUUCAUUUUUUAAAUGGCAAAUGCUGGCCUUUCUGAAGAAAAAAACCACACAUUUUAUAAAUUUUGUUUUACUAUUUUAAACUGUCAUCAUCUAAUGUGAUGGAUUACAACACUGUAGUGUAUUCCAACAACAAUAAUAUAUUUCUUUAUCUUUUUGCAAUAAUUGAUGGAUAAAAAGGCAAAACGAUGCGUGCAAUGAUCUAGUCAUAGAACGAGACCCUAUUGGGUAUUUUCAAACUUUCAGUUAUUAAAUUUCCAACCAACCAACCAAGAGAUGAGAUUUUGAAGGUACAACUCUUCUCUCUUUCCAUGGAGAUAGUACUGACCAUAACCUCAUUGAUGGAUGAUGCGAUUUAAAAGAGAAAUCAGUUUGAAAAUCCUCUGUAAUGUCUGUAUUAUGAACAAUAUCAUUGCCACACAUAACCACUUUUUUAUUAUUCUUUGUAGCAAUAGAAUUUAAUUGUUAUUUUACACAUUUCCGAUACUAAUGUUAGGCCCUGUGCGAAUUGCAUAUACAUUUGCUUUAUUUUUAACUAGCUUUGUGUUUUCAGAAUAUAUUUUAGGUUUUUAACCAAUUUGUUUUUAGCUUUGAUUGUUGACCGGUCGUCGUCUAUAUUAUUUUUAUGCUUUCAUAUUACUUACACAAUUUGUGCAAAGCCAAAAUGUAUACAAAUCGUGAUUCAUAGAGAGUUUCAUUUUGUUUUUGAUAAUUAAAUGAACAAUAAUACCGAUCUGUAAACUAAAAAGCAAUCUUAAAAAGAAAAAAAAACAAAAUUAUUAAUAAUAUGAUGUAUGAGUGUAAUGGACAAAUUUUAACUUUUAAAAACAAAAAAAUAAAAAAAACAUCUAUAAAUCCUUAAUUCAUAUAAAACGAAAUUACUAUUUCUAUCAUAGACUUGAUUUUUUUAAAGAGCAAGCCUGUUAUAAACUUAUGAGGUAAUAAUUUUAAUGCUACAUGUAUAUGUGUGUGUCCUUAAUAAUAUUUAACAAGAAACCCAAGAUUAUGCAGACGAUAGCAGAAGUGUGCGCUUUUACAAAAUGUUAUAUUGGACCAUAGUGUUCUUUCUUAGUUUGAUAUUUCCUCAGGCAUCGCUUCCAGCAAACUUUAAUGCUUAAAGUCUCAAAGAUAUCUCAAUAUCUUUUGAAAUAUCAAAUUGAAGAUGUCGCUAUGUUCUAUUAUACACACACACACCAAUUGAAGAAUGUUUCUAUUUAUGUAUGUUUGGGAAAAUGUAUUGUAGUAAUGUAUGAAUAGAAGUCCGUUUUUUUUUUUGGAAGUAGAUGCUGGUACAGUGAGCCUGACUUCCAUGGUCAUGUUAAAAUGUUCACUUAAAAUGCAGAGUUAACCAUUUUCUUUUUAUUUCAUUCUUUCUGUUUGUUUGCACAAAUGUAGUUAAUACAAACAUUUCCCAACAUACGUAAGUCUAAACAUACAGACAUUCUUUACUAUUUAAUGUUAAGCAAAACAAAUAAACAAGAAAAUGAAUCCUGCCCUCCAUUUGCAACUUAGUAUUUAUGUGAAACUUUAAACUUAAAUAAUACAAAAAAAAAUUUAAAAAAAAGAAAAAACUUAAAAAUAGCAUUACAAUUACAUAUACAUGUAUGGAAAAUAUAAGAAAAAAAAACCAAACAAUACAUUUAACACAUUUGUGAACUACUAACGCCAAAUGAAACCAACUUUUUUGCUUUUUUAUUUGUGCUAUAUUGAAAAGAAAAAUAAACACCCAAUAUAAAUACCUGUACUAAAUAGGAAUAAGUAAAAGAUCAACAACAAUAAUAACAACAACAAAACAUACUGUAACCUAUAGACUACAAAGAACCUUACGAAGUCAACGAUUUGAUCUUAAUCAAAGUUUCUCCAUACAAUACAAAACCAAAAGAAAACCGAUGGAAAUGGAAACCUUCUUUUCUAUCUCUCUCACACACACACACACUGAUUUAAAAUGCGUAUGCAUAAUAUUUUCCUCGGUCGAGUUACACACAUCACUUAUACGUACUGUUAGCUUAAGACAUUUUUCUGUAAUUUUUCUGUUUUUUUUUUAACUACAACAAUAUACUACCAAACUCUUAAUGUAUAUGUAUGUACGCUAUUCUUUUCAACUAACAAACACUUGGACUUUUUACUACAAACCAUUUUAGUAAAUAUAUCUAUGCAAAUAUAUACAUAGAACAUUUAAAAGUACUAACUACUCAAUGACAACAAAAAAACAGAACAAACAAAACAAAAAAACCUAUAGAUUAAAUGGUGUUUCCAAAAGACCAUUUGUAAACGUGUUGUGCUUUUUCUAGAUUUUAAAGUUCAUAAUUAUAACUUAAUCAAAAAAAAAAAAAAAAAAAAAAAAAAAACAAAACGAAAAACCAAAACAAUGUACUAUUCAAUUUCCAAGUAAAUGGUAUGGUUUUAUGAAACAGAAAAACAAAUAUAACAAUAAACAAUAACAACAAAAAUAUAUACAUACUUAUAUACAAUAUAACAAAUAAAAGGUAAUUUUUAUACGUGCACUCAUAAUUAUUUACAUGUAUUUAGAUUUAUAUAUAAAUAUAUAUAGAAUUAUAUAAACAAAAAAAAACCUAUGCAAACAUAUAUAAAAAUAACAAACCACAAUUGCAAUUGUAUUUUAUAGAUAUGAAAAAACAAAGAAACAAACAAGUGAAAACAAUACUACCUACCACAACAAUAACAAUGGAAAUUCCUUACUCUUUAAUAAGCCAUUUUCAAAUAUAAAAUAGAAGUACUUUUUUUGUAAAAUCUUUAAAUCCUAUUUCUGAAAGAUUGGAAAUAACCAUAUUUUUCCUAUUGAGAAGUUGCUCGAGAUGUUGAGAAUUGUCUAAAUUCAUUAAUGUCUAUUUCUAACUCUAACAAAGUACUUCGAAAGAUAUUUGAUAAAGGUGCGCAAUUUGAGUUUCCAGCAAAAAAAAGAAAAAAAUUAUAAAACUUUGCUUUAUUUUUAAUUUGGUAUGUUAACGUUUUCAACAGUCUUAUGUGGUUUAAUGGCUUAGUUCUUUUUUACUAAAUAUAUAUUUUAUGUAAAUGUUCCCACCCCCAUUUCCCUCUUUAGAUUUUUAAUGGAAAGUAAAUAAAAAAAAUUAUAUAUAUAUAUGAAUUUUUGCUGUGAUGUAUGUUAAAUUGAAAACUAAAAUGAGAAAAAAUAUACAUAUACAAAUCUUUAAUCAUGCAAUUUUCUGUAUUUAACUCAAA